UGCAGUGUGAAGACCGGAAGCCACCAAGCCAGCGUCCUUUGAAGACUUUUAGGAGCCGCUGGAGGUGCGCGUCAUGGCGGCGAGCCUCUUUUGCCCACGCAAAGGAUGCCGGGUGACCACGAGUCGCAGAUGUGGCCACGCUGGGCGGAGAUGCCGCCGGUGAGCCGAGAACACCGCCAUCAUCAUCAUCAUCCCCGAUGACGUCAUCGGGAGGACGGCUGCUUUGCUUUGACACACUUGUUUGUGACGUCAUCGGGAGGACGCCUGCUGUGCUUUGAUACACCUGUAGGAGCUCCUUCAAAGUGCUUCGCGGCCUCAUUUCAGCUCACUUGGAUGUUUGACACGCUUGUCGUGCACUGAUUUCUUCUUCCCGGCUCCUGCGUGGGUUCUGUUUCUGUUUCUGCUGCUGGGCAGCCUCUCAUCGCGUGUGUGUGCGCGUGUGUGUGCUGAGAACCAUCACAGCAGAGAGAGAACCAUGGCCAGUGAACCUGUCAUCCUCAACGUGUAUGACAUGUACUGGAUCAACGAAUACACUUCCAAUCUGGGAAUUGGCGUCUUCCACUCAGGCAUCCAGGUUUACGGCCAAGAAUUUGCAUACGGCGGCCAUCCUUACCCUUUCAGUGGAAUCUUUCACAUCAAUCCAGGAAACGCCGCCGAGCUCGGAGACACCUUCAGAUUCAAGGAGGCCAUAGUUUUGGGCACCACUGACUUCACGGAGGAGGACGUAGAGAAGAUCAUGGAGGAGCUUGGCAAGGAGUUCAAGGGGAACGCGUAUCAUCUCAUGCACAAGAACUGCAACCAUUUCUCCUCUUCGCUGUCUGAGCUGCUGUGCGGGCGUGAAAUCCCUCGCUGGGUCAACAGGCUGGCCUACUUGAGCUCCUGCAUCCCCUUCCUGCAGAGCUGCCUGCCCAAGGAAUGGUUGACCCCGGCCGCCCUGCAGAGUCACAUCAGCAUGGGCCUCCACAGGGACCAACGCCGCCAGUCCAGCGACGACGACUGCGACCGCCUGUCGCCGUCCGGCGCCACCUCGGGUUCCUCCCACGGCUGUCGCCACACCAGGGUGUGAGCGUGGACCCGCCCACCGGGGAGCGGGUCCUCCCGCCUGGAGCUAGUCGGCAUGACGGCCGGACCACAUGACCUAGUUGUCAGGAGGCCGCCACAGUGCGGUCGGACACGGUCAGGAAGAGUCGGCCAACAGCGACACUUGUAGUGUGUGGUAUUUCCUGUCGGGGCCACUUUUCCACAAGCUGCUAACAGUAGCAACUUCUUUCUUUGCGUUUUUACAAGGACCUGCCGGUCCCCCUCCAGAGGACGCAUUAUUUUAACAGAAUUUAGUGGGAUGAGCAGUAGAAAAUGGAUGCAUGGAUGGAAGCUUCCGCACCCUUCGAAGGACCCAGUCACCCUCCCAGAUGCACUUCCUUCUUUCUAGAAUUUUCCUGCCUGUGUCAUAUGUUCCUUGGGUGGCUACAUGCUAGCAUUACUUGGCAAGGCAAGUUCUUUAACAGUGCACAAUUCCUACACAAAGCAAUUCAAAGUGCUUUACAGAAAGUUCAAAAAAGGCAAAAAUUUAAAUUUAAAUUAAUAUUUUAAGUUAAAAUAGAUGUGACAUAUUUUCACAAGUUCCUUUUUUAUGUGGAAUGUAAUUAUUUCAUUUGUUUACAAAAUAUAUAAUACAUUUUGUCAGGUUCAAACACUGAUGACAUAUAUUAAACAAGACAAGAGGCAAAGAAUCAAACAGAGACAGAAUUCAAUUUGGACUCAAUUGAGGAGACACGCCUGGACACACUGUACCCUUGUACAGUAUCUCCAGCACGCUCUGACGAAAAAAGGUUUACGUCUCCUUUAUUUGGACACUCCCUGUUUACACAACAAUGGGGAGUAUGUAAACAGUCAUUGUUUUCGGUCACAUUAACGCAAAAGAAAAAGAUGCCUCGGUCUUGGGCUGGUCCUGGAUUCAGCCUGGGCAGGUCUUCGAUGACAAUAGAUAACCCCCACCCCGUCUCCUCCCAUCGUACACAAUGGAAUUUUCCAAGCCUUUGCUUGGUGCAACAAAGACUGCUCUCAUCUGUUCACUGGAACUCAGAACGGAAAGUUUUUAGAUAAUUUACAUACAAUUUUUCUGACAUUUUAUUUCAUAUUUAUUUUAAACUAUUUGUAGUCUUGUAUGUAUUAGGAUUUUUUUUUGUUUAUUAGUGAUAUAGUUUUUUGGACAUGGGGGUGCUAAAAACAAACUAGCUACACAAAAACUAGCAGUACUAGCUAGACAAAAAAAAUUGUUGAUUGAAAAAUUGAUUGGCAAGCUAAAGAAAUAUCUUCAGCAAAUAUAAUGGUUCUCUAACAAACAUUGAUAAUACUUAAUAUUGUUUUAAUCGUGAUUGUACUUGAUAUAUAUGUAUAUGUACGGUAUA